AUGCCAUUUUCCAACUUGUUUGUAUCCAAACACCGUAAAAUAGACUUUUCAAUUAAUAUCACCAUACAAGACCUUGCCAACGUACCACUUGUCAGUGGAAUAUAUCACGUUAAAUGGAAAUUAAAGAACGCUGAACAUACAAGUGGUUCGACCAGCAGAUCACCCAUUCGUGAUCACUCCAUCUUUUGGGGUUACCCAAUCAAUACAUUAGCACACUUGGUUAUUUCAAAAGAUAAUAUAUUAGGUCCUUGUGAGCUCAAGCUACAAGUGUUUCAAGAAAUAGGAGGAAGUAAAGAUGUUAGUUUUAUAGGAAAAUUAACCGUCAAUCUAUCAGAAUACGCUGGUUCAGGAUUAGUCAGUAGAAGAUACCUGUUGGAUGAAUGCAAGUUCAAUUCGACUAUUAAAUUGUCAAUUCGAAUGGAUCAAGUAUCAGAGUCAACAACUAGUUAUGAUACACCACCAUUAAAAAAGCAACAAGCGUUUAUAGACAUACCAACGAUGAUCAUUAAUGAAAGACAAGCACAAUCAGAACAACAAUCGACAAGUUCAUCUGAUAAUCAAGAAAUAAAACGAUCCAAAUCUUCGUCUGCACUUCCACAAUAUUGUAGACAAGUAACACCAUUUCACAAUACAGACGAUCCUUCUCCAACUGAUCUCGUUGACAAACUAUUUAAAAACAAACAAUAA